UGCCCGACAUUAUCUCCAUCCAGACUCCGCUGAAAAAGGAGGUUCAAAUGACGGAUGAAAGCAUGGCCGAGAGACCAGGGGACAGUGUAUUUACAUCCGAAGAGGCUGUGCAAGUUUAGAGGGGAAGCCUCUGCGUGUGUCUCCCCCCCUCCUCCUCCUCCGCUGGCAGAAAUUUAUAAAGAACAAAAAAUCCGACGAGGGAGGGAGGGAGGGGGGUUGAUAUUCGCCGAGGCUGAAAUCGAGAGGCGAACCCAGGGAAAGAGGAGUGUGAUUUCUACACGGGACUUUCCCCCUCUUAGUCCCCCGCAAAAGGAGGGGGAAAAGUCGCAAUAUUUUGGAAAAACCAGGAAGGAAUGAGCUUCUAAGGGGGGCGUUUUGCAAGUGUGGAUACUUUAUAUAUAUUUUUAUUUCGGGAAAAAUAUGGCCGAGAACGUUCUGGACUCUGGCCCGCCUUCAGCCAAGAGGCCUAAACUCUCCCCGCUGUCCGCCUCCGAUGGGAACGAUUUCGGCUCACUGUUUGACUUGGAGCACGAUCUCCCAGACGAGCUCAUCAUCUCCAAUGACUCGGGUCUGGUUAACGGAGGAGACCUCAGCCAGCUGCACACCUCUCUGGGCGGAGGAGGACCUGCAGGUCUGGGUCCUGGAGGAGGAGGCGGCGCUGGAGGAAUGGGGCUCGGACUCGGACUCGGAGGUCAGGAUGCGGUGGCAAAGCACAAACAGCUGUCAGAGCUUUUGCGAUCGGGGGCGCCCAACGCGACGCAGCAAGGGCACCAAGGAGCCAUGGGCAGCCCAGGAGGGUCCAGCGCUUUGGGGCAACACUUAGCGAACAUGAAAGCAUCUCCUGGUCCUCCUCAGAUGAUGGGCCAGCAGCACCUGUCCCCUCAGCAGCAGGCCAGCCUGAUGCAGCAACAGAACGCUGGCAUGAUGGGUGGCAUGAACAGGGCCAUGAUGGCAGCGCAGCAGAAAGGCAAUAACGGACAGCAGCAGCCAGGCAUGAUGGGGAGCCAGGUGAUGAACGGCUCCCCCAGGAUGGGCUUUGGGAGUCAGGGGAUGGGGGGCAGCAGCAACCUGUUGGCGGAGACCCUCCAGCAGCAGGGGGCCGGGGGCCAGGCCGGGAUGAGAGGCCAGCAGCCCGGAGCAAUGAACAAGAUGGGGAUGAUGGAACCAGGCGGCCCAUUUGAGGUCCGUAUGCGUGGGGAAUCAAGGUCUCUGGGCGGCGCGGGCUGGGGCCCUCAGCUCCAGAAAAACAAAGGUCCCAAUCAGCCUGGCCCAGGCUCCCAGCAGUCGCAGCCCGGUGUUGUCGGCCCCUCUGGAGCUCCAGUAGGUGGAGGGUCUCCAGGGAUGGGACCCAACGCUCAGGCCUCUCUCGUGGCUUCGCAGGUUUCUGCAGCUUCCUCCGCUGCCGGAGCGCCGCCGACAGCCGACCCCGAGAAACGAAAGCUGAUCCAGCAGCAACUGGUCCUUCUUCUGCACGCACACAAGUGUCAGCGGCGGGAACAAGCUAACGGGGAAGUGAGGCAGUGCAACCUGCCACACUGCCGCACCAUGAAGAACGUCCUCAACCACAUGACGCACUGCCAGGCCGGCAAGUCCUGUCAGGUGGCGCACUGUGCAUCCUCGCGGCAGAUCAUCUCUCACUGGAAGAACUGCACGAGGCACGACUGUCCGGUCUGCCUGCCGCUGAAGAACGCCGGAGACAAGAGGAACCCCCAGUCUCUUCUUGGUGCAGCAGCUGCAGGUUUAGGCAGUUCUCUCGGGUCGUUACCGGGCGGACCACCAAGCGCCUCGAACCUAAACCCCCCGAGCCAGAUCGACCCCAGCUCCAUCGAGAGAGCCUACGCAGCGCUGGGCCUCACGUACCAGGGGAACCAGAUCCAGGUCCAGAGCGGACAGCCCAACAUGUCCAACACAUCGCUGCAGGGCCCGGCCGGCAUGAGGACUCUCAACACAAUGGGUGUGAAUCCUUUGGGAGUGAAUGGAGGCGUGGGAGCUUCAACUCAGAGCCAACAAUCCAGCCUGCUGCAGGACACCAUGAUGCACCUCAACGUCAACACACAAGGUCUGAUGAACGAUUCCAGUGGGGUCGGCUCGAUGCCAACAGCAGGUCCUCCCUCGUCGUCGGGAAUGAGGAAAAGCUGGCAUGAAGACAUCACACAAGACCUGAGAAACCACUUGGUACACAAACUCGUUCAGGCCAUCUUCCCGACUCCAGAUCCCGCCGCUCUGAAGGACCGACGAAUGGAGAACCUGGUGGCCUACGCCCGAAAAGUGGAGGGAGACAUGUACGAGUCGGCCAACAGUAGAGCGGAGUACUAUCACCUGCUGGCGGAGAAGAUCUAUAAGAUCCAGAAGGAGCUGGAGGAGAAGCGGCGGACGCGGCUCCAGAAGCAGGGCAUCGGCAUCGGCCUGGGUCCGCCCCCCGUUGGCCUGCCUCCAAGUGAGUCCACACCAAGCCCCCAGGAAGUGCGCCGGACUCUGAGGAACAUAUUCGUUGUAGCCAAACGGCGGUACUACACUUCCAUAUCAGUCGCUGGGCCCGGAAAGACUUUUUCCCAUAGAGGCGAAGUCCCGCCCAUCUACUUCCCAUAG